GUUAAAGGCGUAUUCGUCAUAAACACCCCCACGCCGACAGUAUUUGAUUGGAGGACACAGUCAUACUCAUCUUGUGACAAGGAAAUAAGUUGUGAGAUUCAAAGCAGGGCUUGGAUUUAUUUUAACCAUGGAUUGCCGUGUGAUGUGCGUUGUUUUGCUCUCUUUCCUCGUAUGUGCUUACGCAGAGCAUGUGAAAUAUGUAGAUUGUGGCUCACAAGAAGGUAAAGUUCUUGAUGUUGAUAUCCAUCCCUGCCCACAACAGCCGUGCCAGCUUCACAAGGGACAGUCCUACACAGUCAAUGUAACCUUCAGAAGUGAUGUUGGGAGCCAAACCAGUAAAGCCGUGGUUCAUGGAGUGAUUGCUGGUGUCCCCAUUCCGUUCCCCAUUCCGAUUGAAGAUGGUUGCAAGUGUGGAAUCCAGUGCCCGAUUCAGGAGAAUAAAGUUUACAGCUACGUCAACCAGUUGCCUGUCAAGAACGAGUACCCAGCAUUCAAAUUGGUAGUGGAAUGGGAGUUAAGAGAUGACUUGAGCAAAGAUCUAUUUUGCAUCAAGUUCCCUGUUCAGAUUGUGAACUGAAGCCCAACACUGAAUCCAAGCAAAGGACUCUCGAAAAGGGAUAUUCUCAAGAAAAAGAACCUCCGUAUGUGUGCCUAAAUAAUUCUCUACGGACAUUUUAGAAGUUUUAUAGAUGCUAAUUUUAUGAUUUUUUUCUAACUAUGACAGUCUGUCAUUUCAAUUUAAUAUCUUUCAACACAGGCAGCAAAUAAUUGCCUAAUUCCAUUUUGUGUUGUGCUAAAAUGGUAGUGAUGAUUCACUAGAAUGAGAUAUUGACAAAUGGCAGUUGGUUCAUGUGAGAUGAGAUCAGUGUUGGUGAUUCAAUCAUGAAAUUGUGCUCAAGCGAUUUUUUAUUUUUAUUUUUUUUUGCUAGCUGCCAUGUGGCCAUACAAUACUGUUCUCUUGUCUUUUUCUCAGUUUUAUCAAGUCAUUGACUUUUUACUCCUUUAAAAUCUGCAUAUUUAAUAAAGACUGCAUUUUAAAAUUGUCUUAAAAGCAAUAAGUCUUAAGUAGCCACAAUAGAAAGGCCAUGUUUAACAAGCAAUAUGUAUGAGACCAGUCUGACUAAAAUAAAUUUACUUUUUAUGUAUAAAGUGA